AUGCAUGAGGCUUCCGAGGGUGAAAUUUAUUUUCCCGUUCUUGUGUUGACACUGCGAGUGGUCUUGGUUCAGGUGUGGACUUCGGCCGUCGUGAUGGCGUCCCCUCACGGAUCCGCGUCUCGGGCUGGAUCGAACAGACGAACCGACGGCCUCAGCGUUAACCUAGGGCAGGACAAUACUCUCAAACACGACACCCCGACUGAGACGGCUCCGAGCGCGUCGCCACCUCGUGUGGCACCCGCACCCAUCCCGCCCAAGGGUGGACCUGCUGCCACUCCGGGUAAAGAUGGAGCACUUGACAACAGGGGUUCACACGACAGUGUUCCGCCCGUUGCCGUUGCGAUCCCAGGGAGAGAGGAGGUGAACGCUACCGCAAGCCAAAAGUCGGUGGUCGCUGGGGCGAACAGCCAGCCAACCCCAGGCACUCAAUCUUCGAAAGCUCCCGCCUCAGACGUUGAUGGCUCCAGCAAGCAUGGCUCGCCUGAACAUCCAGACGCCGGUUCGCCUGAGGUGAAUGCCGAAGGCGUUCCAGUGGAGGAGGCUCUUCAGGCAAUUGGUGACGAUGACCCGUUGAUCCACAACUUACCAGACGGAGUGGUCGGGCGUCGAGCACCGGCAAACCCUUUCAACUCGCCGAUGUAUGCAAAGUUGAGAGGAAAGAAGAAGAAGCACCGACCCAAGGUUCGGGAUCCGAAGCUGAACAACAACCCUCUCAGAGGACGGCUUGUUGUGUGCAUCAGCACGACCGCGCUUCUUUGCUGGAUCUACAUGUGGGAGUUGAUCUAUAACUUCACGAGCUUCAACGGUCGCUGCGUGAGCCCGGUUAUGUACCCUGACUACAAGCUGCAAGAGGCGAAACAGCGACAGCCUUACGUCAUUCGCUAUGGAUAUGGAGGCUGCGAAUACAACCUAGGAUCUUUGGCGUACCCCCGUGCCUCCUUCGGAACAUCCGCUGGUGACAAGGGGUGGCCAGUGGACCUCGUUCCCAACGGCAGUGCUGGAUCUGCCGCGACGAGCUGGGACUCUCCGAACGCUCGCGUUCUGCGUCAUUUGGGAGGUCUGGAAACGAACUACAUUCGCGAGUACAGCGAGACGUUCAGGCUGUUCACGUCCAUGUACAUGCACGGAGGCUGGCUGCACAUUCUUAUCAACCUUUCUUGCCAGAUUCAAAUUCUGUGGAUCAUCGAACCAGAUUGGGGCUUCCUGAGAACCACACUGCUGUUCUUCCUAGGAGGCAUUUCAGGAAAUCUCCUCUCAGCUGUUGCGGAUCCUUGCAGCAUUACAGUCGGAUCGUCUGGUUCCAUGUAUGCUCUGCUGGGCGCUCUUAUUCCGUAUUGCGUUGAAUACUGGAAAUCAAUCCCUCGACCGGGCUGCAUUCUCGUCUUCAUGAUUGUCGUUGUGAUAAUAGGCAUUUUGACAGGCAUGGCAGGUUUCACGGACAACUACGCUCACAUGGGUGGUGCACUGGGUGGCAUUUUGUGGGGUUUUGCGAGCAUUACGACAGUGUCGGCUUGCGACAAAUGCACACUAGGUGAACGUAUGGCGAUGACCCCUCCGUUCAGUUGGUGUGUGCCGAAGGCUACUCAGCAGAAACUCCUGGAGAGGGCGAAGGCGAGAAAGGCGGAAGCUAUCCGGAGGCGAAAGCUUCAAGCGAUUCAAAAGAAAAAGGCAGGAGGCGCCCGCGGUAAGGCCAUGUACGCGGUGAAGAUGCGUCUCCAGGAAGAAGGUAGACCUCCUUGCAAGAUGAGUUUCAGGGAAUGGGUCAUUCGUGGCCUCUGUGCAGCUGCCCUGUUCGCGUACUGGUUGAUUUUGUUCCUUUACCUGCUCGAUCCCUCACUGUACAAGAGUUACUCUCCGCCGGGCCAGCUGAAGUUCAGUGGCUGGCUCUAUUGCAAGUGUGGAACGAUCGUAUACCAGGCGCCACAGACAUACGGCAACCUGGGGCGUUUCUGGUGCUUUGGAAGCGAGAAGGAUGCGCAGUAUUAUCUUGAACCGUAA